AUGCCACCCGCUGGAGACGCAGAGGAAUACCCCGAUGAGGUCGAAGAGAGGCUGGUGAAUGAGGAGUACAAGGUCUGGAAGAAGAACACCCCAUUCCUCUAUGACCUGGUCAUCACACACGCGCUGGAGUGGCCCAGCCUGACGGUGCAGUGGCUGCCGCUCAAAGAGGAGAAGCCCGAUGCGGGCUACUCCAAGCAGCAGCUCAUCCUGGGCACGCACACCUCGGAGGGCGAGCAGAACUACCUCAUGCGCGCCGAGGUGCAGCUGCCGCUGGAGGAGAGCGAGACGGAUGGCAGGGGGUACGACGAGGAGCGGGGCGAGGUGGGCGGCUUUGGCUCCUCCGCCGGCCGCAUCAGCAUCGUGCAGCAGAUCAAUCACGACGGCGAGGUCAACCGCGCGCGGCACUGCCCGCAGGCACACGGCCUGUGCAAGCCCGACAUUCGGCUGACGGGGCACAAGAACGAGGGGUAUGGGCUGUCUUGGAGCGCGCAGCGCGAGGGCUACCUGCUGUCUGGCUCAGACGACGCCCAGAUCUGUGUGUGGGACGUCAAGGGCACCACCCAGAGCAACCGGCAACUGCCUGCGCUGCACAUCUUCCAGGGCCACCUGGGCGUGGUGGAGGAUGUGGCGUGGCACCCGCGCCACGCCGACCUCUUUGGCUCCGUGGGCGACGACAAGAAGCUGGUGAUCUGGGACCUGCGCAAGCCGCACGCCGCUGCCCAGGACAAGGAGGUGGAGGCGCACACGGCCGAGGUCAACUGCCUGGCCUUCAACCCCUUCAACGAGUACGUGGUGGCCACCGGCUCCGCGGACAAGACCGUGGCGCUGUGGGACCUGCGCAACAUGACCUCCAAGCUGCACCUCUUCGAGCGGCACGACGAGGAGGUGUUCCAGGUGGGGUGGAGCCCGCACAACGAGACCAUCCUGGCGUCGUCGGGCGCCGACCGGCGGCUGAUGGUGUGGGACCUGUCGCGCAUCGGAGACGAGCAGACCCCCGAGGACGCGGAGGACGGCCCCCCCGAGCUGCUCUUCAUCCACGGCGGCCACACCGCCAAGAUCUCCGACUUUGCUUGGAACGGCAGCGACGAGUGGGUGGUGGCCUCGGUGGCAGAGGACAACAUCCUGCAGAUCUGGCAGUGCGCAGAGCACGUGUGGGCCGAUUGA